AAAGCUCCCCCAAAAUGGCUCCUAAAUUAAAGAAUCCAGAAUUACUUUGCAUCAAACCAUUCAUCAAUGGGAAAUGGUACGACUCCAAAUCUAGCAAAACCUUUGAUGUAUUUGAUCCAGCCACCGAAGAGCUUAUAAUCACCCUUCCUGACCAGACCCCCGAGGAAAUUGAUGAAGCAAUUCAAUUGACCCAUGAUGCCUUUGUACAAUACAAGCAUACCUCUCCCUAUGAACGAGCCAAAUGGUUGCGUAACAUGCAUCAACUUAUGCUUGAAAACUUGGAUGAUUUGGCAACUUUAAUUACUUGGGAAAAUGGUAAAGCCCUUUGUGAUGCUAUCGGUGAAGUCAAAUAUGCUGCUAGUUAUUUCGAAUGGUUUGCUGAAGAAGCUAAGAGAAUGUAUGGUCAUACUAUCCAACCCCUGAAUCCAAGCAAUAAAGUGAUGACUUUAAAGCAACCAGUUGGGGCUGUUGGUUUACUUUGUCCAUUUAAUUUCCCACUGGCCAUGGGUGCAAGAAAGGCUGCUCCUGCAUUAGCCGCUGGGUGUACCUGUGUCUUGAAACCAGAUGCCCAGACGCCAUUGAGUUCUCUUGCAUUGGCAUAUUUGGCCAAGAAGGCUGGAUUUCCUGAUGGUGUGUUCAAUGUUGUAUUGGUUAGUGUGGAAAACACACCAAUGGUUGGAUCAAAAUUCUGUGAACUGAAGUUGAUUAAGAAGAUUAGUUUCACUGGAUCUACACCAGUAGGUAAGUUACUCAUGAAACAAAGUUCCUCGACUUUAAAGAAGCUUUCUAUGGAAUUAGGUGGUAAUGCUCCAAUCAUUGUCUUUGACGAUGCCAAAUUGGAUAUUGCAGUUGAACAAUCGAUUGCAUCCAAGUUUAGAUCUCUUGGACAAACAUGUGUCUGUGCUAAUAGAAUCUACGUGCAAGAAAAAGUAUAUGAUGAAUUCUGUGAGAAGUUUGCUGCAAAAGUUCGUCAAUUCAAGAUCGGUAAUGGUUUUGAACCCGGGGUAACUCAUGCAUGUGUCAUUAAUCAAAAGUCUAUUGAAAAAGUUGAAACUCAUUUGCAAGAUGCUUUGGAUAAAGGUGCUAAGUUGAUUGUCCCCGGUGGUAGAUUACCUGAAUUGGGUAAGAACUUCUAUGCUCCUACUGUUAUCAAGGAUGUUACUCAAGAUAUGAGAGUUGUUCAAGAAGAAACUUUCGGUCCAUUGGGAGCAAUUAUCAAGUUCAGCACUAAGGAAGAAGUAUUGCAUUGGUGUAAUGAUACUCCAUUUGGUCUUGCAUCAUAUGUCUUCUCUGAAAAUUUGAAUAACGUUUGGUACAUGUCUGAAUACUUGGAAACUGGUAUGGUUUCUGUAAAUACUGGAUUGUUUACUGAUGCCGCAUUACCAUUUGGUGGGGUUAAAGAAUCUGGUUUUGGUAGAGAAGGUUCACUUUAUGGUGUUGACGAUUAUACCGUGAUUAAAUCAAUUACUUUGGGUAAUGUAUAUCACUAUGUAUAGAAUAUUACAUAUAAAUAGAAUACAACUUGAGUUAGAUCUAAUUGCAGUUGCUUACACGCUGGUUGGAUUGUAAAACAAAUCUAUCAUUGGGCACACACACACACACGCACACACUUAAUCCUUAUACUUUUCAAUAAAUUGCUUGUGGAACUUGGUCCAUCUAUCAAUCCAUUCUUGGCCAGGAGGUAAGAAAGUGGUUCUUAAAUGGUAAGUACCUGGUUUUUGACCAAACCCAUUACCAGGAAUACAACAAAUACCAGUGUUUUCCAAAAGUUCAACACAGUAAAUAUCAUCAAUGCCCAAGUCUGAAUUCUUAGCUCUAGAAUACAAUUUAUGGUAUUUUUCUUCAUCAAAAGUCAACAGAGGGAACAAGUACAUGGCACCCAUUGGCUUAUUACACUCAAUGUUUUCCAUUUCCAAGAAUGCAUGAUAUAAUAAAUCAGCUCUUUUUUCCAAAUCAUUGUGAAUGGCCUUGGUCUCAGCUUUGUAUAAUUCAUAAGAUUCAUCACCAGCUUUAGGUGGGUUGAUCAUCAAUUCCAUCAAUGCUUGACCCGAAACAACGGAACAAAGGUUGAUGGAUGCCAAUUUGAAGACAAUAUCUCUAACUUCGGUAUUGAACCCGACUAAUUCCAUGUAUCCCCCUCUUUGACCACAUUCACCAGAAACACCCUUGGAAGUCGAGUGUAAAGAUGCUAAUUGCACGUGCUGAUAAGUUUCUGGUUCCAUUUCCAAUAAUUCGCAAAGAACACGCUUGAAUGAAAUGAAUUUACCCUUGAAAAUGUUUUCUUGGUAAACUUCAUCGGCAAUCAAUACCAAACCAUAUUCGGCAGCAAUAUCAAUGAUUUCAAUCAUAUCUUGAGGAGACAAGAUGGAACCAGUAGGGUUACCUGGGUUAAUAACGACUAAUGCCUUAAUGUUAAUUCCUUCAUCUUGGUUCUUCUUGAUCAAUUCUCUAAUUUCUUCUGGGUUGGUUGACCAAUGGUUUGAUUCAUCCAAGUAAUAACCGAUUGGCUUGGCAUUGUUAAGAGCAAUUGUAGCGGUAUAUAAUGGAUAUUGCGGAAUAGGAAUAAGGAAACCUGAAUUUGGAUCAGCAGACAAGAUUUGGAUUAAAUAUGACACAGCGGUGGAGGCACCUGAGGUUAAGAACAAAUUGUGGGGAUUGGAAGGAUAUCCGUCUCUGCGUUCAAUGAAAUCAGCAAUUGACUUUCUGAAAUAAGCGGCACCUUGUGAAUGACUGUAUGCCCCCAAGGAACCAAUACUCUCAAGAAUGGUCUUGGCACGUUCUACCACAUCCUUAGGGUAAUCAACAUUGGUUUCCAAAAUGCCUGGAUAUUGUAAAAUGGAUAACACUUGACGGUACCAAGUUAAUGGACGUUGAUCUAACUGUUGUGGGUUACCAAUGUUGGCAUUGAUAAUCUUAUUGAACGGCAAUCCAUGAGAUUGUGGUUGAGAUUUGAUCAAAUCUUGAAGACCAUCUGCAAUGAUAGGGAUCUUACCUCUAACUGCGUACUUAGCAGUAACGGUAUUUGGGUUUAUAUCAUGAAUAGUUAAUGGAUCGGCUGGUUUGAAUGUCGACAAUGCACGUGAGAUCUGGGUUGAGCUAGGAGACAUCUUGCAACCAACAAAUGAUCUCAAGAUCUUGCUAGUGAUGGGUGAUACUCGUGAUGAAUGGAUCAACAUUGUGGACAACUUGUACAGAGUUUUUUUAUAUGAUGCAAUGUCCUGUAAAAAGGGUUAAACCAAAAGAUUGUUUGAUAUCCAACCACCAAAGGUUUAAAGUCAAAAUGAAAAGGAAAAGUGGAGU